UGUUCCUGUCUUGUAGUUCACAACUGUUUCCCGCGGCCGCUACGACGUUCAAACCUAUGCGAAAACUAUUGUUGAACCGUAAUAAGCUUUUAUUGCGAUUAAAUAUAAUAAAUAGGUACCGAUUUAUUAUUGCAACACACCCGGCGACGUGUUGACAACAUGACAUCAUCGACGUUGGCGUUGUUCAAUUUUCUAAUGCUGAUCUCUUUUAUUUUUUCAUCGAUCGCUGGAAAAAUACCAGAUUCGGAAUGGCCAUUCGAGUUUAACCACGACAAAGGAUCCAUAACUACUGAUGAUAAUGUACUUGUUCAAUCAGUAUCGAGUGAUGGAAAAACUGUAUUGAACACAAACGAUCCACAACCAAUAAAAAAAUAUUACGGUAGUAAUAACAAAAAGCCUAAUGUACAGCAUACUGCAGAUUCUAGUGGUGUUUAUGAACAAAAUCCUAAUAAAGUCAAUCAAGGCAAUAACUAUAAUAAAAAGAUCAAUAAAGUUGGGUCUUAUUUUGGUUAUUCACCUUCUAUGGUGCCUAUUGAGCAUAACCAGCGGGUGUUUGAACAUUUCACCAAAUUUUUUCCUCGAAUGCCCAACAAUGUUAGAGUUAUAUAUAUUUGAAAACUCAUGAUGGGAAAAUAACAAUCAUCAAUGCUGUCUUUUUUCAACUUUAUAGUCGAAUUACAUCAAAUCAUACCCAUACAUAUACGGUAUUUUAAUCCAACUUAGUAUAAUACUUACAUAAUUUAUAAAUAAAUAAUUUUGAUUUUUUUUUUAUCGGUAUGUAUUUGAAUAAAAAAUAAA